AAUCUUAACAUGUUUCCCUUCUCUAGAGGAAAGUUCCUGCAUCUACAACCAAAUUGUUAGGCACAUGUUUUACUAUUUAUAUGUCUAGUUUCUAAAUCACAGCGAACUUCUUAAAAAUAUAUUGAAUUUGAACCACAGAAACAUGAUGUUAUAUGUCUUGUCGUCUUUAACUAAUUUGAUUCUUUUGGUUCCAAAAUUUAUCUCUAUAUAACAUCCCACAAUUCUUCAUAAUGUUUUCACACUUCCCACGAACUAGUCAUUUUCUUCAAAGCUUGUUAUCAACUUCUCUUGAAGGAUAAUGGCUAUUCGUUUGCCUUUAAUAAUGCAAGCUAAGAAGCAUAUCCUCUCCCGCACGCUUACAAUCCGAAAAAAAGUGUUAUCAGUUAAUAAUAUACCAAAAGGGUAUCUGGCGGUAUAUGUUGGAGAAGAGAAAAAGAAGAAAUAUGUUGUUCCAAUAUCAUACUUGCAUCAACCUGCUUUUCAACAAUUGCUAGGUAAAGCUGAAGAAGAGUUUGGAUUUAAUCAUCCAAUGGGUGGUCUCACCAUUCCUUGCAGAGAAGAUAUUUUUGUUACAGUCACUUCUCAAUUGGAAGUUUAAUCUCAACAACAAAUAAGUAAUAUCAAAUGCAAAUGGACUACACAAUUUUCUAUCAAGAUGUGAUCUUUGCUGCCAUUUCAACAAAUGGACUAUGCAGGGUUAAAGAUGACUAGAACUUUAGUAGCCAUUCUGCUUUGAAGCAUGUAGAAUAACAUAGGGUAUGCAUUACAUGAAAAUAAUUAUAUAACAUAACAUAAGGCAUGUAGAAUAACAUAGAAUAUUGUCUUGGAGAUGGAGUCUUACUAGGUUGAAGUUGUGUCCAUGUUUAUAUUUUGAAUGGCGUUGGAAUCCCAUUGGCGUCGUUAGGGGCUUUGGGCUGCUGUUUGUUAUCGAUAUUAGGGCUCCCAUUGUUGCUGCUCUUUU